CCCCUUUUGAAUAUUACCUUAGGUCACUUCAUAUCUUCAACCCCCUUCUUUCACCUUUGGCAAAUAUCCAUACUUGAAGAGCAUGACUCUCAAUAAUAGAAUAAGGCCGGCUAUGACGGUAGAUUCGCUUGGUUUGGAAGAGGCUGGGAUUACGGGCACGGAAUUACACAUCUGCAAGGAAGAGGGCGAUGAGCUUGAGGCAAUGACUUGUCCAAGAAAUUGGUUUCGGCGGUUCCUUUAUACCUAUAACGCGGAGGUGGCCGAGUUCCUGUCAGUGUCCAUCUUCAUGAUGGUUGGUCUUUCCAUAGAUGCACAAGUGGUGUUCAGGCAGCUUGAAAAUACAAGCUCCCGCGACCUGACAACAGCGCUAGGCUGGGGUGGUGCUCUCGUCGGGGGUAUCGUAUCGUCUGUCGGUGUGUCGGGUGCCCAUCUAAACCCGGCGCUGACCGUCAGUCUGGCCGUAUUUGGACACUAUCCCUGGAGGCGUGUUCCAGGAAUGGUCUUUGCGCAAAUAUUGGGCGGGUUUGUCGCUGCCUUCUUCACUUGGAUAUUCUAUUUCCCAAUCUGGGAUAUGUAUGACGGUGGGCAUAGACAGAGUCUGGGACCAAAAGCAACCGCCGGAAUAUUUGUUGUUCAGCCAGCUAUUGAAGGCGUAUAUACCAAUGCCAACUUGCUUUUCAACGAGGUUGCCUUUACGUUCUGCCUGAUGUAUUUUAUUUUCUUUAUAGCAGACAAGCGAAUGACUUUGAGUGCAACAACAGGCGCCCUGCUUGUCGCGUUAUUUCUUAUAGCGAUAAUUCUUGCAGGAACUCAACACAUAGCGGCGGUAGGGCUGAAUCCUGCGCGAGACCUGGGACCGCGCCUGUUUAUCCUGGCGGCUGGCUGGACAGACGUGUUCAGGGUACAUGGGUAUUACUUUUAUGUGCCGCUGGUGGGUCCGUUUAUUGGUGCAAUAGCUGCCUGUGGUGCAUACGACUAUGUGGUUGUGCCGGAGGAGGUAAAGCCAGACAAGGUUCGACGCAGAUACUGGAACAAGUAGCAUUUUGAGACGUGGCCAUUG